AUGUUUCUUGAUGACUUUUCAAUGAAGGGGUUAACUGGAAGGACAGAACAGGACAAAGAAUACAAGAAUUCAGAACUGAGUGCCAAGAUCAGAUUAGCUCCUCAUACCAGCGCUCGAUUUACCCGAGCAAACACUGUUUACGCUAAGGGCCUGGCAACGCUACUGCCUCCCCCCAGUUCCAACCGGGUCCCCCAACUCCAGGAGUCCCAAACCCAGGCUCCAGGGCACUGCACAAGAAAGCGUGGGAACUGGAGCCGGGCGCUCCUCCUCCCUGGCGGGGCGGAGCCGGGCGCCUCCGGGCCAGUGCGUGCGGCCGCGCAGGGCUCUCAGUCGCGGCAGGCGCUGCUGAGCGGGCCAAGG